UAAUUCUAAUGGAAUUAAGCCAGUGAAGGUGCACAAUAGGCUCCAAUACAUGAGGCCUAUUCAUCAAAUGAGCAAGGUCUCAAGUAAUCGUAUGAGCGAAUCGAUGGAUAGCAUGAUGUUUGUAGAAGAGCGCAAAUAAUGUUCUGGCAGGAAUUCAGCCAAAAUUCACAGAAAGUAAAGUAUCGAAGGAUCAAUCUGUCAGAAGGAGGAUUGAAGAGAAUCAUAAUAAGCUUAAAGAUUAUCGUAAAAGUGGCAAGAAAAGAGUCCUCCGAAGAGUUGAAAGGGAGAGAAACGGCUCCCUAUCUAGCCACAGUAGUUUGGAGUCUGCCUAUAUCACAGAGAAUUCCAUAGCUCCCUCGGAAAGAAAUAUUGGUGAGGAGUCGCUAUUAGAAGAACUUCAACCUGGCAAUCUCCCAGUGAGACUGGAGGAGGAUGAACCAGUGCUUCCUGAAGUAUCAACUACAAAGAAGCAAGAUGAGGAGCCUGAAGUUAGUCAAGUCCAAAAAGUGGCUUUUCAUGCUGCAUCUGAUGCCUUUACAUGUGCCAUCUCCAAUAAAGAAUAG